AAUAGAUUGUUUUUUCCGUCUCAUAUCCUUCUCCCCCAUUCAGUAAACCGUUGUAUUUGUCCUACUCCCUUUUGCCUUGCUUCACCUGACCUCUUCCAGCCACAAAAAAAUAUCGAUUCUGUAAAAAAGCCAUUCUGAGCACGCCAACAGUCUGGCAAACGAUCUUUGCGGUUGAAUAAACGUGUAAGUUAUCUCUUUACUUAUUCUAUUCUGCUUUCCGGUGUCUUUUCACCGCGCAUUUGGAAAAAUUCUUGUUGCUGAACCUGCUUCCUCAAAAAACCUAUUUCUUUCUUCUCUCUCUGUUUACCAUUAUUAUGUUCUCUGCACUUCUUUAGUGAUGCCGUUUUUUUUUUCGUUUCAUGUUAAACCUGUCGUUUCCUUGUUUGUUCAUUAGUCUAUUCUAUUCUACAUGAACGUAAAACUUUUGUCUUGUGUGCACAUUUAAGGCCAUUGUAUUCUGUGAUUUAGAUGAAAUGGAAAAGAUCCUGUCGUGUUUUCAAUCCAGCUGAUUACUGACAUUUUUUUCUUGAGAAAUAAGCUGUAUCAAUGUCGUUCUUGCAGUUUCGUUUCGUAAACAGUGAGGGAGAAAGUCAUUUCAAACCAGCUAUGGAUCAGCGAACAAGGGUCUUCCGAGAAUAAAGAGGAUGGGGAUAUUGUUUUUUUCUUACUUUUGCUGACAACAGUAGUCGUUAUGAGUUCUGAAGCCUUAACGGCCACUUCCCAAGUUCAGAAUCUACAUAACUCAAUUCUGCCUAUGAAUGAAAGCGUUGCGUCUAUGGACGACGCGUCGGAUGAUUUAAGUGAGGAUGCACAUUCGGUGAGAAGAAAACCUCAUGACCCAGAGUAUUUAGAUCCCGAGUUGUAUGGUCUAAGAAGAUCAGGACGAACGCGUAGUCAGCCUGGUGCGUACGUGCAAUCGUACAGCUCUGACGAUGAUAGCGAUUCCGUUACCAAUUCUUCCAAACGUAGGCGUAAUCGUCAGUCAAAGAAGGCAACUUCAUACGAUUACGAAGAAGAGGAAGAACCUUUUAGUAGUGGUGAAGAAGACUCAAAUAGUGAUGCCAGCUCUUAUGGCGGGACUCCAAAGAAAAGAAAACGCAAUGUUGAGGUGUCCUACCGGAACGACGAGAUUCGGUUUUCCUCUCGUAAUUCUGGCGGAAUUAACUAUAAUGAAGACGCCUACUUUGAGGAUUUGGAGGAUGAAGAAGAGUAUGAAUCCUACGAAUAUGUCACAGAAGAAGUUGAAAAUGCUCCUGCAAUUGAUCUUGUUCUUGAUCACCGAUUGAAAGCUGGUGCUGAUGGUUCUGAUGCCAAAAAUGACUUUGAGUUUCUAAUUAAAUGGCAAGACAAGUCGUAUCUUCACUGUACUUGGGAAACCCGCGAAGACAUGUCGGAAACCAAAGGCGUGAAAAAAAUUGACAACUAUACGAAGACAAACAUUAUUCUUGACAAAGAAAUUCGCUCUGAUCCAACAACCACCCGCGAGGAUAUCGAGGCUAUGGAUAUUGAACGCGAAAGAAAGAAAGAGGCUUACGAAGAACACAAAUCUGUGGAUCGUAUAGUCGCAGAAGAUUUUGAUGAAAAUCGCAAUCGCAUAUUCUUGGUGAAAUGGAAGCAACUAUUUUAUGAUGCUUGUACUUGGGAAACAGAGGAGCUUAUUUCUCGGGUUGCACAAGAUGAAAUUGAGGAGUACCAAAAACGCGUUAACAGUGCGUUAAGUCCAGCACGGGGAACAAAUUACGGAAAUUCGAGACCUACUUAUCGGAAGCUAGAACAACAACCGUCAUACAUUUCCGGUGGUGAGCUCCGUGAUUUCCAAUUGACUGGUGUUAAUUGGAUGGCUUAUCUCUGGCAUAAAAACGAAAACGGUAUCUUAGCAGAUGAAAUGGGUCUUGGUAAAACCGUACAAACUGUCGCAUUCCUUUCCUAUUUGGCUCAUUCAUUAAGACAACAUGGCCCAUUCCUUGUUGUAGUUCCGCUCUCAACAGUUCCUGCCUGGCAAGAAACAUUGGCUGCAUGGGCUCCUGACAUGAAUUGCAUUAGUUAUCUGGGAAAUGCAAAGUCUCGGCAGAUGAUUCAAGAACAUGAAUUUUACGAUGAGCGGACACAAAAGCUGAAAUUUAACGUGCUGCUUACCACGUAUGAAUAUGUUCUUAAAGACAGAGCCAGUCUUAACAAUAUAAAAUGGCAAUACAUGGCUAUUGAUGAGGCCCAUCGUCUAAAAAACAGUGAAUCCUCUCUCUACGAAACACUUUCUCAAUUCAAAAAUGCAAACCGCUUGCUCAUUACAGGUACACCACUUCAGAAUAACAUUAAAGAGCUGGCCGCUUUAGUGGACUUUUUGAUGCCUGGCAAGUUCCAGAUUCGUGAAGAGAUUAAUUUUGAAGCGCCUGAUGAGGAACAAGAGUCCUACAUUCGUAACCUUCAGCAACACCUUCAACCCUAUAUUCUUCGGCGGUUGAAAAAGGAUGUUGAGAAAUCAUUGCCAUCCAAAUCUGAACGUAUUUUGCGAGUAGAGUUAUCUGACUCCCAGACUUACUGGUACAAAAACAUUUUAACGAGAAAUUAUCGUGUUUUAUCGCAAAGCACAUCAAAUGGAAGCCAACUUUCUCUGCUGAAUAUUGUUAUGGAGUUGAAGAAAGCGAGCAACCACCCUUAUCUAUUUCCAGGAGUUGAGGAAACAUGGUUAAAGAAGACUGGCGGUGAAGGUAAACGCGAAGAAUUGCUUAAAGGUCUCAUUAUGAAUAGUGGAAAAAUGGUCUUACUGGAUAAGCUACUUACACGUUUGCAUCGUGAUGGACACAGAGUGUUGAUCUUCAGUCAGAUGGUUCGCAUGCUUGAUAUCCUUGGUGAUUAUAUGUCCUUGCGUGGCUAUCCCUUCCAACGACUUGAUGGUACUGUGCCUGCAGCUACUCGUCGAAUCUCUAUCGAUCAUUUUAAUGCACCAAACAGUCCAGAUUUUGUAUUCUUACUGUCUACUAGAGCUGGUGGUCUGGGUAUCAAUCUUAUGACAGCUGACACAGUCAUUAUUUUCGAUUCUGAUUGGAAUCCGCAAGCUGAUCUUCAAGCUAUGGCUCGUGCGCAUCGUAUCGGACAAAAGAACCAUGUCAUGGUUUACAGAUUUUUGUCGAAAGACACAAUUGAGGAGGACGUUUUGGAGCGGGCGCGGCGGAAAAUGAUUCUUGAGUACGCAAUCAUAUCUCUUGGCGUUACAGACAAACGAAAAAACUCAAAGAGCGAUAAAUUUUCGGCAGAAGAACUCAGUGCAAUUUUGAAAUUUGGUGCUUCGAAUAUGUUUAAGAACAAUGAUAACCAGAAGAAGCUGGAGGAUCUUAAUUUGGAUGAAAUUCUGGAGCAUGCCGAAGAUCACGACACUUCCAAUGAUGUCGGUGGAGCCAGUAUGGGAGGUGAGGAGUUCUUAAAACAGUUUGAAGUUACAGACUAUAAAGCUAAUGUUUCAUGGGACGACAUUAUUCCUGCUGAGGAACGAGCGAAGAUUGAGGAAGAGGAACGACAACAACAGGAAGAAGAACGUCGUAAGCAGGAAGCGGAGCUUUCAAGUCGGCGUGAGAGAACAUCUACUUUGGAUUUACGUGAAGACAAAACUAUUGAGAAGAUUUCCAAGCCAAGCAGAAAACGUUUGAUUAAGGACGAACUGCUUAUGGAGAAGGAAAUACGGAUGCUUUACAGAGCGAUGAUCAAAUAUGGUCGUAUUGAAGACCGCUACGAUGAAAUCGUUAAAGAUGCCGAUCUCACCACCCAAGACGCCAAUGUCAUUAAAAAGAUUUCUGCCGACUUAGAAGCAUCGUGUAAAAAGGCUAUUGCCGAAAGUGAGUCUUCAUCCGGCGAAAAAAAUGGAAAACCUGCUAGAAAGGCUAUUCUUAUUUCUUUUAAAGGCGUUAAGAAUAUUAAUGCUGAAACACUUAUCCAACGUCUUCGAGAUUUGGAAUUUUUAUACCAAGCUGUUGAUUUGAACAAUCUCUCUUCUUUUCGCAUCAAAGCACCUCUACGUGCUGUUCAUGGCUGGUCCUGCAAAUGGAGCGAAGUGGAAGAUUCCAUGCUGCUUGCUGGUAUAUGCAAAUACGGAUUUGGUUCUUGGCAGAGUAUUCGCAAUGAUCCCGAGCUUGGACUCAAAGACAAACUCUUUUUGGAUGAUGUAAAGUCUCAAGACUCCAAUGAGAAACAUGCGCCUUCCGCCGUUCAUUUGGUUAGACGUGGUGAGUAUCUUUUGACUGCAUUCCGUGAAUCUCAACAAAUUGCCAAUGAUCGUCCUAAAAUGCCCCACAAUCGCCGACAGACGAGCAGGUCGAAUCUUCAUCGCCAGUUGAAUCGUUCGGAAGGAUCAUCUCGCAGUCCAUCUGUUGAUUCUCGUGCUGACAGACGGACAUCUGUCGCUAGUUCUCGUCAUAAUACGCCUGAGCAUGAUACAAAAACGAAUGAUUCAACCCGUUCAUCAAAUGCACCUGACCAUUUGGAUCAACGAACACGUUUACGCUGUAAGCAACUCAUGCAUCCUGUCCGCAAGUAUCUUAAGAGCUUGAAACGCGACUCGAGGAAUCUGGAACGCGGCCAGCUGGUUAAAUUACUGGCCGACUGCCUCACUUCAAUUGGAAAGCACAUUGACAAGCUAGUCGCAGAUACACCCACUGACAAACGAGAGGGGAUGACACAUGAUCUUUGGAAGUUUGUUUGUUACUUUUGGCCCAAAGAGGACGUUGGUCAUAAAAACCUUAUUAGCAUGUACAAAAAGAUGGGGAAGUAAGUGCUUCUCUGUUAUCGAAAAUGGAUUAUUAUACUGAUACGCAUUCCCCUCUCCUUCGUAUAUGAGAACCCAUCAUCCGCGUUGCCAUUAUGCUUCGUUUCGUUUUCACUGAUUUUUGAUACAAUCGCAUGCAGGCUUUGGACCUCUUCUUUAUCAUUCUAUACACUUUUGACCGUCUGUAGUUAUUUGACUACGAGUUCUUUUUUAUUGCUUCGACGUGCAAGGCUGUACAACCUUUCCGAACAAAAUCUCAUAUACCUUUCAGGACCGACUAACUUUUUAUCAAUAAUACACAUUUAGACGAAAAAUUUAAACUUCUUUUUUAAUUAACCAUGAGAACUGUGUCUA